AUUAUCUAUAUAACAAGCUCCAAAUAUCACAUUUUUUCUCUAGACCUGCAAAUAAAAAAGUCAGAGUUUCAAACUACAAUACCCUCCGGUGUGUCUGAUCUGACUUAUUUUUGCAGAAAAUCAUGUUAAGAAUUUGUUUGAGAAAAAAUGGUUCCUAUUCAAGGCCUUUGUUUGCUGAGAGGUUCAACAGGUUAUUGUCUACUCAUCAGACUGAAAGGAAGCUACAAGACAAGGUAGCACUGAUAACUGGGGCAGCUAGUGGAAUAGGAAAAGCUACAGCAACAAAAUUCAUCAAUAAUGGAGCCAAGGUAAUUAUUGCUGAUAUUCAACAACAGCUUGGCCAAGAGACUGCAAAAGAACUAGGACCUAAUGCAACCUUCAUAACUUGUGAUGUAACUAAAGAGUCAGACAUAUCCAAUGCAGUUGAUUUUGCAAUUUCUGAAUACAAACAACUUGAUAUCAUGUAUAACAAUGCAGGGAUACCCUGUAAAAGUCCUCCAAGCAUUGUUAACCUUGAUCUAGCAUUGUUUGACAAAGUCAUGGCCAUAAAUGUUCGCGCGGUUAUGGCGGGCAUCAAGCAUGCAGCACGUGUAAUGAUCCCGCGUGGAACCGGGUCUAUACUAUGCACUGCCAGUGUUACCGGAGUAAUGGGAGGGAUGGCGCAACACACAUACUCGGUAUCCAAGUUUGCAGUUAUAGGCAUUGUUAAAUCUAUGGCUUCAGAGCUAUGCAAACAUGGAAUCCGAGUCAAUUGCAUAUCGCCUUUUGCCAUCCCUACUCCUUUUGUCAUGGGCGAAAUGAAUCAGAUAUAUCCGCACCUUGAUUCUCGAAGACUUGUAGACGUUGUUCAUAAUGUUGGUGUACUAAAUGGAGCAAAUUGUGAACCUAAUGAUAUUGCCAAUGCUGCACUUUACCUUGCAUCUGAUGAUGCCAGGUAUGUCAGUGGACAUAAUUUAGUUGUAGAUGGAGGUUUCACAUCUUUUAAGAGUUUGGAGUUUCCUGCACCAGAUCAAGUGCAAUAGAAGUUUGUUCAAGGUAUAUCUAUAAAAAGGUCACAAUGAUGAAAAAAAAUCAUAAACACCUACUACUUUCAGUCUUAAAUUUCAUUGUUAUGAAAUUUGAGGUGAAUUUAAUUGGAAGCAAUGGAUAAUUGGCCUGUGUUUGUUUAACUGUUGUCCUGCAUUUCAGUAACCAUUGGAUUAGAACGUUAUCAAUAAAGUGGUGGAUUGGACUUGUGUUUGAA